CACCAAGAUGGCUGCGCCCUGACCACGAAGCGCUGUCUUCUCUGUACUUGGGGUUAGAAAAAGGUGGAACUUAGGAACGAAAAUAAUGUAUAUUUAUUUUUUAUGAAGUCGUUUAUAUUUACUGCCUGAAUGGAAAGGCUGGGCAAUAGAUCCCUGAUAUCCAGUAAUCGUUAAUCAAUAACCAAUCACCUCCAAGCAUCGCACACAUUGAUCCACAGCAAGGAGAACCAGUUAUUGGGAUUGUCCCAGGUGAUUUGUGACGUUCAGAGACCAUGCUGCAGAGUCUUCGCUCGGCCUCCGCCAGGCACUUUAUGCUGGCCAGGGGUGGUCUGUGUUCUGCCCUUUGUGGUCUAAAUACCCCCAAGACACAGCAGCGCUUCUAUGCAUCUCCAUCAGAAAGAAAGAAGUUCUAUCAGAAUGUCAGCAUAUCUCAAGGAGAAUCCGGGUUUGAAAUUAACUUGGACCGCAGGAAACUGAAGACACCCCAGGGAAAGUUAUUCUCCGUCCCGACUGAGGCAUUGGCUCUUGCUGUCGCUACGGAAUGGGACUGUCAGCGCGACACCAUUAAAUUGUACACCAUGCACUUGACAACACUGUGUAAUACAGCUCUGGAUAACCCAACACUGAGAAAUAAGGACCAUCUUAUUAGGGCUGCACUUAAAUUCCUGGAAACAGACACAAUCUGUUAUAGAGUAGAAGAGCCACCUCGUCUUGUGGAGCUCCAGAAAAGCGAGUGGGAUCCCGUAAUAGAAUGGGCAGAAAAGAGAUACAAUGUAGUUAUUGGCUCUUCCACCAGCAUCAUGGGCCCCAACAUCCCAAACGAGACCAAAGAAGUGUUCAGCCGUCACCUGGCAUCCUACAACAGCUGGAUGUUACUCGGCAUUGAGUUCAUUAUUUCCCAACUGAAAUCACUGAUUCUCGCCAUGGGGCUGGUCGACCGAUCCUUAUCAGUAGAGAAAGCUGUUCUUCUGUCGCGAUUGGAAGAAGAGUUCCAGAUCCAGCACUGGGGGAACGUUGAAUGGGCGCACGAGUAUGAUCUGCAGGAGUUACAAGCCCGGACGGCUGCUGGCACCCUCUUUGUUCACCUGUGCUCUGAACGCUCAACUAUAAAACACAAGCUUCUUCAAGACUGACGUCUCUUUGACGGAAACUCAGCAGGGACGCAGGUUCCCCCCACGUCUGGACUGUGGCAAGCGAUGAAGAAGUCUAUCUGGAUAACAGUAAACCUCCUCAUCGAUACCAGAAGUCAGGAAUUGUCGCACUGAAACAAACUGUCCACAGAUCUUCUCUGAUCCGGCUUCCAUUCACUGAGCGACUUGACGGAAUUAAAAGUUGAUAACUCGAAA